CUCAUCGAGUUUCAGCCCAAACUGAUAGCUCAACCGCACGCUCUCAACCAUUUGGUGCAAUUGCCCAACGAUUACAGCGAUCUCAUCAAUAGUGUGUCUCAAUUCACUUGUCCCAACUCAGAGGGCGAUGACUCCCGCUCUCCCACUAUGUGUUUGAUUUGUGGGACUAUAUUGUGUUCGCACAGCUAUUGUUGUCAAAAGGAACUGGAGGGCAGUAUGGUUGGCUCGUGCACCUGGCACUCGCACUUCUGUGGUGCCGGACAGGGAAUGUUCCUAAGGAUCAGGGACUGCAAGAUCCUGCUGUUGGCCGGAAAGACUAAAGGUUGCUAUUCGGCGCCGCCAUAUGUGGACGAAUACGGCGAAACUGAUCAGGGAUUGAUUCGCGGCUAUCCCUUACAUCUGUGUCACACGUCGUACGCAGAGCUGCAUAGACUUUGGUUAAGACACGGCAUACCCGAGCAAAUAGCGCACGCAUUGGAGACAUCGAGCAAUUUGGCGGCAUUUAAUUGGCAGUUAUUAUAAGCACUUAUUAUUUAUUAUAUAAAUAUAUUAUGAUUAGGGUUAUCAUGAUUUAUACCUAAUAUAUAUCUUUUAAUUAGUUUUAAAUGGAAAUAUGAACUCAAAAAUCGUACAAAACUUGAGAUAAU